AUGGACGUCAAAAAGAUUGGUAUGAUCGGAACCGGCAGCAUGGGUGGCAUGAUGUCGCUCCUGUUCGCCGAGCACGGGAUCCACACGCACUACUACGACCCGUCCAAGAAGAACGUCGAAGCCCUGCAGUCCCACGCCAAGGAAAGCAAGCAUGAGGACAAGAUCACUUACCACGGUGACCACAAGUCUCUUUGCGAGGCUCUCGAGGAUGGAGAUAACCCCAAGGUCUUCAUGUUCAGUAUCCCCCACGGCGGUGCUGCUGACGAUAGCAUCGAUGCCCUCGAACCCUACCUCAAGCCAGGCGACAUCAUCAUGGACGCCUCCAACGAGCACUGGAAGGCCACCGAGAGACGACAGGGCCGCCUUGAGCCAAAGGGAAUCCAUUACAUUGGAAUGGGUGUCUCUGGAGGUUACCAGUCUGCUCGCCAUGGCCCUUCCAUCUCCCCUGGUGGCAACAAGGAGGCUCUGGACAAGGUGUUUCCCUUCCUCCAAAAAAUCGCGUGUAAAGACACAAAGGGUCGGCCAUGUGUUGCCAAGCUUGGACCUGGAGGAUGUGGACACUAUGUCAAGAUGAUCCACAAUGGUAUCGAGCACGGAAUGAUGACUGCCCUCUGCGAAGCCUGGGCCAUCAUGAACAUCGGCUUGGGCAUGGAGUACGAGGAGAUCGGCGCCGUGUUUGAGAAGUGGAACGGUGACAAGGAGAAGCCUUUGAGGGACAACUUCUUGAUCAAUAUCGGUGCCGAUAUCUGUCGAACCAAGGAUGAGAAGGGCAACUAUGUGCUCGCCAACGUGCGUGACAAGGUUGUUCAGGAUGUGGACAACUCCGAGGGUACCGGGACGUGGUCAGUCCAGGAAGGCACCAGACUCCAUGUCCCGGACCCAACUAUUGCAGUCUCGCAUUUGUUCAGAGUGGCUUCGGCGGAUGCUGCACGGAGACAAACGGUCAAGAAGGCGUUGGAAGGAAAGGGGGUGAAGCCGGCCCGAAUGGAGGGUGUCGACAAGGACAAGUUCAUGGACGACUUGUACAACGCUGUCUAUGCCUCCUUCCUCAUGUGCUUUAUCCAAGGACUGCAUGUUCUCUCCAAGGCCAACGAGGAAAACGACUGGAAGCUCGACUUCGCAGAUGUGCUGCAGCUAUGGCGCAAGGGAUGCAUCAUCCAGAGCGAUGGAGUCGUCGAUCUUCUCGAGACCGUGUACCGAUCGAGGGAACACAAUAACGAUGAUCUCCUUGGUCACAAGAUGAUUGCUGGCGAGCUCGCCAAGACGUAUCCGGCGCUCAAGCGGGUUGUCUUGAAGGCUAUUGAGUUUGACUUGCAUGCUGGGGCAUUGGGUACCAGUUUGGAGUACUACAAGUACUCGGGGUCAACUGAAUUGCCCACUCAGUUCCAGGAGGCCGAGUUGGACUACUUCGGAGCACAUAUGUUCGACCUGAAGACGGCCCAGCCGGGUAAGCCGGUGACGGGUGACCAUCACUUUGAGUGGAAGCCUGCAAAGGGUAUUCUCGAGACGGAUGAUUAA